AUGACUAGUAGCGCCGGUGCCGCCCCGCCAUUCAGCAGCGCUGGAUACAGCGGCGGCAUUUCCCCCUCGCCUAGCGGGGGUGGCUCGCCUCUGGCUGGCGGAGACCUUUCCCGCGCGCCUGCCAGCGGAGACUAUUCCCCCGCGGCGGCCCGCCAAUCUUCCUGGAACGGUAUGAGUUUUCCGCCGGCCGCGAAUGACUAUGGGGCGCAAAGAACGACCACCCCCGUAGGUUCUCCUACUCCCCCGUUUGCGCCACCUGCCGCGCCAGCUGCCGCGCCCUGCGCCGCGCACCCUGUUACGCCAACAGCUGCUGCUACCGCCGUGCCAUUCGGCGCUGCAAGCGGCUCACCUGCCCCUCCUCCCCCUCCUCCUUCCGCUUCUCCUGCUCACCCUUCUGCCGCUGCUCCUGCUUUCGGCGGCGGCGGUGCUGCUGCUGCUCCUGCUCCGGAGAAGUUUCACGUGGUGCACAAGGUGUUCGGCGCGAGCAAUGUAUCCAAAAUGCUACAGGACAUCCCGGUGGCACAGAGGGAGGAUGCAGUGGCAAGCUUGGAGUACGAGGCACAGGCGAGGCUCAGAGACCCUGUGUACGGCUGCGUGGGAGUCAUCUGCCUGCUGCAGAAAGAGAUGGUGGCCCUGCAGGAGCAGCUGAAGGACAUCGAGGCUUCUUCCCUCUCGUCCUCUCCCAAUGCAACGCACAGCUCGACGAUAUCUGGUGACGGGGCCAUGUAUGGGAUUGAAUCAUCUGCUGCAGCAGUGCCCAGUGUGGGAGCAGCAAGAGAAGAGGGAGGCGAGUGUUGA